AUCCCACUGGUCUGUAAUGUAGACGGCUCGUGCAGGAAAAUAAACACUCAGUUGCUUCAAGAUGGCUCCUCAGUCUAUGUUCAGAGCGGCCCUCCUGGUGUCCUUCUCGGUUCUCCUCACCGUGGUGCUGGGUUUCGGGCUCCCCGCUCUCCUUAACGCCAUCAUGAGGAUGCUGGGGCUGCCGGAAACGAGCGUGACGGAGUGCAUCGUCCUGAUCUAUGCGGGUUUUGUGAUUUACGUCGCUUCGCCGCGAAUCCCCAGAGGAUCCGUGGAGGUUAAAGGGAAAGCUGUGCUUAUUACGGGUUGUGACACUGGAUUUGGACUUUCACUUGCAAAACAUCUGCACACGCUCGGUUUUACCGUCUUUGCUGGGUGUCUGCUGAAGGACAAAGAUGGAGAAGGUGCAAAGGAGCUUGAUGAAUUUCAUUCAGAUCGCAUGAAGGUGGUACAGUUGGACGUCUGCAGUGACGAGCAGGUGAAAAAGGCAGUCGAAUACAUCAAAGGCAACCUGGAUGAUUCCCAGAGAGGACUGUGGGCAGUGGUGAACAAUGCCGGGGUGUCGACCUUUGGAGAGGUGGAGUUCACCUCCGUGGAGAGCUACAAGCAGGUGUCAGAGGUUAACCUGUGGGGCACCAUCAGGGUCACCAAAGCCGUUCUUCCAUUAAUCCGCAAAGCAAAAGGUCGAGUCGUGAACAUCGCCAGCAUGUAUGGUAGGAUGGGCAACCGGCUGCGAUCCCCUUACUGCGUGUCCAAAUAUGGCGUAGAGGCUUUCUCCGACUGUCUGCGCUACGAGAUGAAGACAUGGGGAGUUAAAGUUUCAGUCAUCGAACCAGGCAACUUUAUCGUGGCCACUGGCAUCCUCACCCGGGACAUUGUGGCCAACACGGCCAACAAGCUGUGGAACGAGGCCCCCGACGACGUGAAGGAGGAUUAUGGGAAAAUCCACUUUGAGCAGUACAUGGCGCUGAUGCGGUCCUACUGCAACAGCGGCGUAAAAGACAUGAGCCCGGUUCUGGAUGACAUCACGGAUGCCAUCAGAUCAAAGCGUCCGUACACGCGAUACAGCCCUAUGGAGCCGCACUGGUGGAUCAGGAUGCAGGUGAUGACUCACCUACCAGGCGCCAUAUCUGACUUGCUCUACUUUUAAAAUCGAAGCUGAUGCUUUUUGCUUAAAAUCAUUCAUUGGUUAAGCCUGUUUUGUUAAAGUGCAAGUAAAUGGCUGCAAUUUACUUUUUAAAAAGCCUAGCAAAGCCUAUAUGUAUCCAGAUUGAUUCUCUGAUAAGUAGCCACCACUUUUUGUUAUGUAUCAGCAGUGUUGCUGCACGCCCAUAGCUAUUAACACAGCACUUAUAUUGCUUACUGUGUUAUUAUCUGAAACACUGGGAGCUUGUUUCUUUAUAUCUUUUAUUUACCAUUAUACUUUGCAAUGUUUUCCCUCAUGUGAAUCAUCUGGGGGGCCCUGAUGGAAGGGAGACAAAAGAGCCUGAAAAGGCUCCUGCUGUUCUGUUGCCGAGCGCAGCAGAAAAAAACUGAGGCCGGCCUCUGGACACCGCCGCGAUGUUUGCCCCAGAGUUAUGUAACCACCACACAAACCCACUUUGUCUCACAUGCUCCAUGAAAACAGCAUACCGCUUCCAACUGAAGGUUUUAACGAGGGUCAUUGGAGAAGGGGGAAAUGCUUUUGUUUGGUUUUAUACGAUCCUUCUUUGUUUGUUAAAAAUUAUAUAAUAUAUAUAUUUGAAUUAUGCAAAUGAACAGAGUGAUUUAUUUUAGAAUACUAGAGUUUGUGUAAUUUUUCAUGCCUGAUUCUUAAUAAACC